GAGUUGUACAGGCCGUUUGCAAAUUAAAAAGGUAUGGCUGUCAAACUAUCAAACAAAAAAGUGUCAAAACUAAAACCAGAAGACGAAAAGUAGGUAGGUAGGUAGGUUUCGAGGAAACAAAAAAAAACUACCUUGCUCAACUUCUCGCUGGUUCGAGAUGCGGGAGAAGUACGAACAGUGAAUAUGAGCUGCACAGGCGAAUGCCUGAAAACAGGUGAGCGUGAUGAGCAUGAAUCUGUCGGCCAAACUUGAGGAGCUCCAGGGAGGCGACCGACAGCUGGAAACUACGGCCGCACUCUGCGAGAUCAGAACGCAGCUGCAAGAGUUUACCAAGAGCGUGGAGUCAUGCCAGAGUGAAGUUUCAGAGGUAAAACGGGAUAUGGUAGCCAUCAAGCAAGAACUGGAGACUGUACAACUGGUGAAGGAAGAAAUAGAAGAACUCCGCGAAUAUGUUGAUAGGCUCGAGGAACACACCCAACAGAGGAAACUCAGGCUGCUCGAACAAGGCCUCACAUUCUUCCUGUCGUACGCUAUUUUUACGGCGGUGUUGGGAAUGUUACAAUUCGGAUACAACACCGGAGUCAUCAAUGCUCCUGGGAAAAACAUCGCAAACUUCAUAAAGGAUGUAUAUAAGAGUCGAUACGGGAUGGAUCUGCACGAUGACACGGUCAACAGGCUGUACUCAGUAGCGGUCAGCAUCUUCGCCAUCGGGGGCAUGGUGGGGGGCUUCUCGGGCGGAAUGAUUGCCAACCGGUUCGGAAGGAAAGGAGGGUUAUUGCUCAACAACGUACUCGGCAUCGGCGGCGCGAGCCUCAUGGGCUUUACCAGGAUCUCGCAUUGCUACGAAUUCCUCAUCUUUGGCAGAUUUAUUAUAGGCGUCAACUGCGGUCUGAACACGUCCUUAGUGCCAAUGUACAUAUCGGAGAUAGCUCCCCUGAACCUGAGGGGCGGAUUGGGCACCGUCAACCAGCUUGCCGUCACAGUCGGCUUGCUGAUCUCCCAGGUUCUGGGCAUCGAACAGAUUCUUGGAACGGACGAAGGAUGGCCAAUAUUGUUAGGUCUCGCCAUCUGUCCAGCGGUUCUACAGUUGGUCCUGCUCCCGGCCUGUCCCGAAUCUCCUAGAUAUUUACUCAUCACUCGUCAAUGGGAAGAAGAAGCGAGGCGAGCUCUGAGGAGACUGCGAGCUAGUAAUCAAGUCGAAGAGGAUAUUGAAGAGAUGAGAGCGGAAGAGCGAGCCCAGCAAUCGGAGGCUUCUAUUUCGAUGCGAGAGUUGCUCUGCUCGCCGACGCUGCGGGCGCCGCUCCUCAUCGGAGUCGUGAUGCAGCUCUCUCAGCAGCUUAGCGGAAUCAAUGCGGUGAUAAACUACUCCACGUUUCUCUUCACUUCUUCGGGCCUGACGGAGGAGUCGGCGAAGUUUGCAACAAUGGGCAUCGGGGCCAUCAUGGUCGGGAUGACGUUGGUGUCUUUGCCGCUGAUGGACAGAACUGGACGACGCACCCUUCAUCUGUACGGUCUCGGAGGAAUGUUCAUCUUCUCCAUCUUCAUCACGAUCUCCUUCCUAAUAAAGGAGUUCUUCGGUUAUGUGCAGGAAAUGAUCGACUGGAUGAGCUACCUGUCGGUGGUGUCGACGCUCAGCUUCGUGGUGUUCUUCGCCGUGGGCCCCGGCUCCAUACCCUGGCUGAUCACGGCGGAGCUCUUCUCCCAGGGUCCGCGGCCGAGCGCCAUGGCGAUUGCCGUCUUAGUUAACUGGAUGGCGAAUUUCGUUGUCGGAAUCGGUUUCCCGAGCAUGAAGGCGGUGCUGGACAACUACACGUUCCUCCCGUUCAGUGUCUUCCUGGCGAUCUUCUGGAUAUUCACAUACAAAAAGGUUCCCGAGACGAAAAAUAAGACCUUCGAAGAGAUAUUAGCGCUGUUCCGGAAUUCGAACGGCAGGGACAGCUUCCGCGACGACCACAUCUACGGCAGCGCGUUGAACUGCGUCAACGGUCUGGAGCAGCAGCUGCUCCCCCCGCCGCCGCCGCCCCUCCCCGCGCCCCUCGACGUCAAACGCGACUCAGUGUCGGAGCAGUGGUCGGGGGGAGAGGCGGGUCGGCCGCCGCCCCGGCUCCCCGCCACCCGGCACGUGUAAUGAAUUAUCAAUCGUAUGUAUACACUGGUAGGGAUGAAAACGAUCUAUCCGUUUCUCACAUAAUAAACCUAUCGCCUCCGAAUAAGUAACGCUCAGACAAUUGUAUAAAAACCGAAGCUAGCGUAUCGAUAGAGGCUCGUUUAAAAACCGUGAAAUUCCACCCCCUCCCAGCCUCCCCUCCCUCUCUUUCUCCCUUCACUUCCUAAAUCCUCGCAUGGAUUCUUAUUCUUCAUGCAUAUGCGUUCCUUCUAAGUUAGGUCCUAAAUUAAUGCGACGAGGCCAAUCAAUCAAGAAUGGCUCGAAGACACAGCUGAUGAUAUUUAAGAAAGUAAGACAUUUUACGACAUAUGACAAUGUAUAUAUACACUAUGUUAUCUACACUAUGUAUAUUAGGAUGUAAUGUAAUUGUCUCUGUACCAUAUUGUUUAUAACGCGCAAUUAGCGACAAACAAUAAGCACUGUGAUUUUAUUAUUAUUAUUAUUAUUAUUGAUUAUGUAUAUACUUUUAUUGUAUUGAUUUGAUGUUGAUUUUUUGUUAUCUCGAAGACUGAGUUUUGUUUAGUUAUUAAAUUGAUACAUUAUGGUUUUAAGUAGUCAGUAGUCGCAAGUCGGUUAGAGAAAGAUUUGAGACGGAAUUGAUUCAGUUUAUUAAUAAAACAAAUACAAUAAGACUAUGAGGAAAUGUAAUAAAGUAAAAACUGUUUAUUCGCGGUGUAUACAUUCCGUGAAUAUGUCGCGUAUGCAGAAACUGUGAAUAUGGAAAAGUGCGUUUACAAAGGAUAUUAGGUUGGAUACUGGUGGUAGGACCUCUUGUGAGUCCGCGCGGGUAGGUGCCACCGCCCUGCCUAUUUCUGCCGUGAAGCAGUAAUGCGUUUCGGUUUGAAGGGUGGGGCAGCCGUUGUAACUAUACUGAGAUCUUAGAACUUAUAUCUCAAGGUGGGUGACGCAUUUACGUUGUAGAUGUCCAUGGGCUCCAGUAACCACUUAACACCAGGUGGGCUGUGAGGUCGUCCACCCAUCUAAGCAAUAAAAAAAAAAAACUACACAUUGGAAUUCUUUUUAUCAAGGCGUAUGUAUCGAUUAAAUCCGCGAAUAAAUAAAUCUUUAGCCGCGAAUCUAGGAAUUGGGUAGCAUUUUUUUAAUCCGUGAAUAGUGAAAACGAAUCGAAUGAAGAAAGCGCGAAUAAGGACUGUAAUGAAAUCGAUUUAUAGCGAUGGUUCAUCAGAAACAUAAUCAUUGUCCAGCCUUCUAUUUACCAAAUAAGUAACAAAUUAAUUGUUUUCCAUUCUUAGAGAAUAAAUAGGAAUUUAAUACAUGUCAAUGUAACUCUGCUAGAACUUCUCAAUCAUUUUAUACAUAAUUCAACGCUUGAAAGGCAAACGUGACUAAGCGACAAUGCGUGAGCUUUACAGUAGACUAAUUUAAAGUUGAAAUACCUGAAAAAAAUCGAUUUUAACGAAUCUAGCUGUGUAGGAUUGGAAUGAUUUUAAUAGACCUACAAAAUAUAUAUUUUUUGUCCAUCGAAUAUGGUUAUUGCCUAUCAUUUAUGUGCAAAGCAGUUAUGGUCGCUUAGUCACGUUUGCCUUUCAAGCGUCGAAUUAUAUUUUCAAUUAAUCUAUUCGCUACAAAAAGAGAUGUUAAGGCAGUAUGCGACUACAACCUCUGCCUGUUUAUUUUUUAUUUGACAGAAAAUGUCUGUCAAGCAUAGAUUCAUCACUUCGUUCGUUUGAAUUUUGCUGAUUUUGCUCAAUUCAUAAGUCCUAGUAGUUUCGUACAAUCUGUUGUUAUACAAUCUGUUGUUAGUAGUUGUUAUAUAUCAAUCUAUGUACUUCCUCUGGUUCAUCCCACUGAAGAGGGCAUGCCCUUUAAGUAAUCUCACAUCACUGACUUGUUUCAUUUCAUUUUUGAUAAUUAUUCAGACAAUACCACCUCGAGAAUGAUGGGUGGAAUUUCGUUAAGUAUCUAUCAAUUAGGUAAUCGUUUUUUUUUUUAAUUGGGCAUCAAAACGGUGUCGCCUUUAAUGAUUAAAUCUGUGUAAGUUACAUGCUCAAAUGAAAUGGUGCCCCUGGUCCUCAAUCGCUCAUCCUAUGAAAGAAUGUUGUUAAUUGUGCACUCAAAACAUUCCUUGUUCAGCUAGUUGAUGAUCGACUUAAAAUACGUUCAGUGUGCUUAGUGCGAAUUUUCUAACGUUCUCGAUAUCGUAAAAGUUAACUCAUAAUUGUAUGGUAUGGGAUCGUUUGCCUACGUUUACCGCUAGGGGCGUUGUUUUAACUGCAUACAAAAUUGAGUUAACUUUUAAGCUAUCGAGAACCUUAAAGAACUCGCACUAAGCACACAGGAAUAAGAAAGAUUUUUGUUAUUGUGUAAAAAGGUAUCUGUGCGUCUUCACUGUACACAAUCGAAUAAGUUAGAAAUAAGUUAUUGGCGGAGAGAUGGCUCCCGCUGUCCUUGAGUGUGGUUCCAAUUGGAUUGUUCGUCUUUAAAAUUAUUUCCGUAAGAGUGAAAUUGUAAAGAUGACGCCAUUAACUUGCUAGGCAAAACAUGGCGUGCGUGACUGUAUAGGUAUUUAAAACUUUUUUUAAGCGCGUUGUAUUCUGUGCGUACGUCGUCAGAAAGAGCACUGUUUAGAUGAAUUUCUAGAAGGUAGGCAUGUUUGAAUAUUACCUAAUAUAUAAAUAAAAUUAGGGGCGGAGCCCCAUACUCUAUAAUUAUGUAUUUCAACGAUAAAAAACCCAAGGUAGAGAAGCGCGUGGGAUAUUUAGAUAGGUAUUGAAAUAAAUGUUAAAAGUUUCAAAAUCUGUUUUUAUUUAUUUAUUUAACUCAGUGAAAUAGGGUGAAAUAGGUAUAAGUGGAAAAUUGUUUUAAAAACCCUGUAUACUAUUUAUAUAAAUAUUUUAUUAUUUAUAUAAUACUAUAAUCUUUUAUAACAAUAUUUUAUUAUCUUUGUUAAUUAAUUUUGAACUUUGAACUUGAUGUUUAAAAUAUAAUGAUUAUUUUUGCGGUUUUUUUGUUUGGUAUGCGGAUUAUAUUAACGAUAUAAAAAGUAUUAAUUGUUACAUUUAUAUAUGUAAUUACUAAAUUCGGCCAAUAAAAAUGAUUUGUACUAUUUUUUUGGAUCCGCACAUUUAAUUCAACUACGCACAAUUAUUUUGUGUGAACUGAAAUGCAGUGAGACAUGCACGAACCGGAGAUGACAUAUUAAUAUUUGUUAACCUCUUGUUGGCUCAACGCAUACCUACUGCUAAUAAGUAAAGAUGCGUAAUUAAAAAAAGUCCUUAAUUCUAAGAUCUAGUCAAGAAUAUGUGAUGUUAAUCCUUAAAACUUUUUUUAAAUUAAUUUUGUGUAUACACUAUAUGACUAGGAUAAAAGUCUAAACGAUCUCGUGAAAGGAAAUUGACAAAUACCUACAUUUGUCGGUGCCAUAGAAGUUAAUUAAGGCGACUUAUGCUUGAAUUGGAUAAUAGAGAUUUAUGAGGUCGUAUGACCGCCAGUCACGUCUCAAGUUGUAAGAUUCAUUGAUGUUAAGUAUUUUAGUUAAAUAUAACAGUAAGCUAUAUAGUUGUAUGUAUAAAUAUAAAAAUACAAAAACAAAAAAAGAUUUCGUGAUAAUUCUGAAAUAAAAAUAUGGUACAGUA